AAUUGCCAACAUACCCGGUUGCACCCCCCCCGUCAACGGGCUUGCAGUAACGAGACAAUGAGACACAAGUGGUUGAUACAAGAGGCUGCGGAUUGGUCAAGACGCAAGCAGCAGGCCACAACAGGUGGUUCAUCAGUGAUUCCUAAGGCCAACACAACUCCAGAUUUCAACACUCUCCCUGAAGAGGCCACAUCCCAAAUUCCGGCUGAAUCGGCUUUGGCUGAACCCAGCAGUAAUGGCGCCAUAAGCAAUAGUGGUCGAACCCAAAGCCUCCCAGAAAGUAGCAGCGUCCCAACUCCGGACAUACAACAACCACCACCCCCUGACUCGCCUCCCCCUCCUCUAACACCCCCUCUUCCUUCUCCUCCAUCGCUUCCACCUGGAAGCCCCGAACUCCCCCCGCCACCCCCAAACGUCCCUCUUCAGACACCGCCAUCACCUAAACCCUCUCCUACCCCAAGUCCUCCUGCAACUCCGCCUCCUCCCGAAAACCCCAUUCGCCCGACCGACCGCAACCUUAAAACGCUGCCCCGCCUCAUCCUGCGAGAGAAUGGAGGUCCCCCUGCUGGGAUAAAUGAGGACGAGGAAGAGAGAAAGAUGCUGGAAGAGGAUCUAAGGAAAUGCAUUGAUGACUUCAAAAAGAUCCGCAUGCCCAAAGUGUUUCCAGAUCGCAAGAGGCACUGGCAAAAUGACUUGCUCAAGAAGUACAAUGCAUAGCGUGAAUCCGUUAUAUGUCUGUUUUCUACCAAUGAACUGUAGAGUACGCAAUAUUUCCUUGGUGCUUGCAUCCACUUUUUAUGACCGCUAUUGGAAUGUAUAAAAUACUACAGCUCUAUGAGUAGAAGGUAUCAGCAAUGCAAAAAAGGUGUUCAUUGUGCAGACUGCUAAGCACUAAGCUAGUCUACUAGUUUACAAGUUUGCCCAUCGCACGCAAAAAAUGUCCUUCCUUUUAGAUUCUAGAGUGACCUGCGUUUGUUUUCAAACAUUAAAU